GUUAACCCGGAAGUCACGCCGCCGCGCUGCCCCCUGACCCCGCCUUUCCAUCAUGGCGGCGCGCACGAACGUGAUUCAGGAGCACGUGGCGAGCGCGCAGUGAACGACUUCUCGAGGUCUUUGUCAAGUCUGGUCAGGGCCACGCGAAACGACAGCCACUCGGUCAUGGAGAUAGAAGAGGCGACAGCGGCGGUGGCGGCGGCGGCAGAGGUAGCGGACGGUGACUUUCAGCCGAGGAAAGGAAGCCGCGCGUCACGCCGCCGCAAGCGAAAGCUCGAGGUUGGGGACGAGGAGGGCAUGGAGGAGGCAGAAACAACAACGACGACAACGACGACGAUGGAGAUCACCUCGGGAGCCCAGAGUGCGCCCGGGGUCGAGAGCUCUGAGCCGGCGGUCAAGAGGCCCAACUUUCCGCCCAUCUCCGGGGAUAAACUGAUGGCCGGCAGCCCCGAGCUACGCAAGGUGCCCGUACCGGCGAACCGCUUCACCCCGCUCAAGGAGAACUGGAUGAAGAUCUUCACGCCCGUGGUGGAGCACCUGCAGUUGCAGAUCCGCUUCAACCUCAAGACGCGCAACGUGGAGCUGAAGACGUGCAAGGAGACGCAGGAUAUCGGCGCGCUGCAGAAGGCGGCGGACUUCGUGCGAGCCUUCGUGCUCGGCUUCCAGGUGGAGGACGCGCUCGCUCUCAUGCGAUUGGACGACCUCUUCCUGGAGUCGUUCGACAUCACGGACGUGAAGCCACUGAAGGGAGACCACCUCUCCCGUGCCGUGGGGCGCAUUGCAGGCAAGGGAGGCAAGACCAAGUUCACCAUCGAGAACGUGACGCGCUCCCGCAUCGUGCUGGCCGACACGAAGGUGCACAUCCUCGGCUCCUUCCAGAACAUCAAGAUCGCGAGGACGGCGAUAUGCAACCUCAUCUUAGGGAGCCCCCCCUCGAAGGUUUACGGGAAUCUGCGUGCCGUGGCCACCAGAUCCGCCGAGAGAUUCUGAAGCUGGCGUCUCGUCCGCUGCCUUCAUCGCGGAUUGGCGGAUGGGGGGGGGAGCGCCAGGAACGAUCCCCCGGGAUACCGCUCCGGAGAUGGAAUCCAACCUUGGACUCUGUUUUAUUUUAUUAUUUGUAUUCUUCGGUGAGGAAGCGAUUGUGUCUCUCAAACGACUCCUGCGACGCACCGCAACGCGAUGCGGCUGGGGCCGUGCACCGCACUUUCAACGCCUACGGCCAGAUCGCCCGCCACGUGCCCGAUCUCAUCGCGUCUCGCGAAGCUAAGCAGAUUUGAGCCUGGAUAGCGCUCUGAUGGGUGACCGCUGUGCACGCUACAAGGUGAAUAUAGGCCACGGUGGGGCUAUGUUGUGGACAGUAGGGGGCAUUGCAUAUAAACCAAUUGUUGUGCUGUACUUCUAUGUUGCCACGUCUAUGCUCCCCUCUGCCAACACGCAGUGACCAACGCGUGGGGAAGUGUGGUCAAAUAGCCCCCACAACUUGCACUGUGGGGAGGCCCUCAUCCAGCAGUGGACAACGGGUUGCAACGUGUGCUCACUAAAACGGGCGCCAUGGCGAUGAGGGUGGUGCGUUCAUGCCGAUCACGGUCGGCACGACCACGGUGCUUCACGACGCGAGACCGAGUGAAUAAACCGCUAACGUUAUUAUCCACAA